AUGGGUAUCCCAUUCGAGGCUUUUUUGCCGUAUGCGAUCAUGACUGGCUUCUUCGCAUUCAGCGCCAUAUCCGUCGGGAAGCUCAGGGAAAUGCAGAAUGGUGGAAAGAGGGCGAGACGAGGAAUCGACCAAUGGGAUAGGGUGAUGAUGGAACGCGACCGACGAUUGACGGGCUUUGCGCGAGGACAGACAGACAAGCCGAUAGCCCCCGCCGGAUUUGAGCUAAACAACCCAUGGAGGGUAUGGAUUGCGAUUCACCCGGAGACGACAGGACUGACAUCAGACAGUGCGAGCAGCGAUUCCUAUAAGCCGGGUGCGAGCGACAGAAGAACACUAGAUUCCAUAACAAAUGAUACACAUCCAAAUCGAGAAUGCCAAACUUCUCUUGUUCAGUCUGGAAAGCUACUUGAUCUCUGA